AUGGAGUUCAAGACUUCAAAUGAAGAGAUAAAGACUGGGAUUUAUCUGAUGCAGGAAGGUAAUGAGGAGCCCUUUAAUGUUCGACUCCACCUGGCCAAAGAUAUUCUGACCAUUCAGGAACAAGACGUCAUCUGUGUGUCAGGAGAGCCUUUCUACUCCAGUGAGCGGACUGUGACCAUCCGCAGACAGACGAUUGGAGGCUUCGGUCUGAGCAUCAAGGGAGGAGCGGAGCACAAAAUCCCCGUCGUCAUUUCCAAAAUAUCCAAAGAACAAAAAGCUGAACUCUCGGGACUGCUCUUCAUCGGGGACAGCAUCCUUCAGAUCAAUGGAAUAAACGUGAGGAGCUAUCGACACGAGGAGGUGGUUCAAGUUCUUAGAAACGCUGGAGAGGAAGUCACUCUGACUGUGUCCUUCCUGAAGAAGACUCCAGCCUUUCUCAAACUGCCACUGUGUGAAGACUGCGCAUGCGUUCCCAGUGAUCAGAGCAGCGGGACGUCGUCUCCACUGUGUGACAGUGGCCUGCACCUCAACUUCCACCCCAACAACACAGACACGUUGUCCUGCUCGUCCUGGCCCACGUCUCCAGGUCUGCGCUGGGAGAAGAGAUGGGUGGACCUGCGCCUCCUCCCCCUGCUGCACUCGCGCCUGUCGCAGUACAUGCCGGGGUCCGACACCUGCCGGAGGAACGCCUUCCAGGUGGUCGCCGUGGACGGAGUGUGUAGCGGAGUGAUCCAGUUUCCUGCUGCUGAGGACUGUUUGGACUGGCUUCAGGCCGUCGCCGCCAACAUUUCCAGCCUCACCAAGCACAAUGUGAAGAAGAUUAACAGGAACUUCCCAGUGAACCAGCAGAUUAUCUACAUGGGCUGGGUGGAUGAGAAGGAGCAGGACUCCGUCCAGGACCGAAUGUACUCGCCAAAGUUCCUGGCUCUCAGAGGCUCCUCCCUCUUCAAGUUCUGUGCUCCUCCUGUCACCACUUGGGACUGGACCAGAGCGGAGAAAAGCUUCACUGUGUAUGAGAUCAUGUGCAAGAUUUUAAAGGAUAACGACCUGCUGGAUCAGCGGCGGCACUGCUUCAGUGUGCAGACGGAGAGCGGGGAGGACCUGUUCUUCAGCGUGGAGCUGGAGGAGGAGCUGCUGAUGUGGGAGAAGGCCUUUCAGAUGGCCACGUUCCUGGAGGUGGAGAGGCUGCAGAGUAAGACAUACGCCUGCAUCAUGGAGAGUCACCUGAUGGGACUCACCAUCGACUUCACCUCUGGGUUCGUUUGUUUCGACGCUGCCUCUAAGGCGGUUCUGUGGAGAUACAAGUUCUCUCAGCUCAAAGGCUCCUCUGACGACGGAAAGAGCAAAAUCAAGUUUCUCUUCCAAAAUCAAGAUUCCAAAUCCAUCGAAGCAAAGGAGCUGGAGUUCUCCAACCUCUUCGCCGUUCUUCACUGCAUCCACGCUUUCUUCGCUGCCAAAGUGGCGUGUCUGGACCCCAUGUUCCUGGACAGCGGCGCCACCAGCGCCGCCGCGGCCGGGAUCCCGUCGCUCUCCGGCCUCUCCUGUAACUCGCAGACCCCUAAACUAAAGUACGUGACCUGA